AUGCCCACUCGUCGUAAAAAUGUUGACUUAAACAGACUGAAACGUUCCUGUAAACGAAGCAAGGUAUUCGAGUUACUAUCUUUGUCUUACGUCCAAUACCUCCUGAUAUUCAUAAUAUGGGGAGUACUGUUUGUAGUAAAUCAAUCAACGGACAUGAGGUUUGAGUACUUUUGGCCUGUUUGGCUAUCUGUUUGCUCGAUACAUGACUCACUGAAGUUCCAAGGACUGCAAUACACAAUUGUCUUUAUUAUUGUUUUGAUUACAGUUGAUCUAAUGUGUUUCUUCUUGAUCCCUGUGUCAUGGAUUUACACAUUCGGUAGUGCGUAUGUGUGGUUAUACCUUUUUCGGCAUACUGAUCAAGGGUUGUGUUUCCUCACUUUGUCGCUGUGUUUCGUUUUCAUAUAUUUUGAAUUUAGUCUCUACUCAAAAGCGACGAAAUACACUCACAGCACUUAUGUUUUCCGUCCAUUUGCAGCACACAGUAUUGGCUACUCGGUAGUAUGUGUGGGAUUUUCUCUAAAACGGUACCUGGAUAUCAGCUAUCAAGAUUUUAAAAGAAUGAAUGUUAGAAGGCAAAAUCACCUGCAUUUUCGAAUUCUUUAUGAAGCUCUCCCACCGUCGUCGGUAAGUGACAACGCUUACGUUCAGCAUAGUCUUGAUUAUUUUCAAAAGGAUUCCCUAGAAGUUCAUGAAGUUGCAAUGUCUGAUAAUUUCUCAUCAGAUUUUUCUAGUCGAUCGGUAUUCAUACUUUUUCGCUUUGGUCAGUUAUGUUUUGGUCGUUUAGUUCGAUGGACUUUCGGCUAUCUCAGAUCUGUUGAUAAACAAUACUUGGAUUUUGAUAGUCGAACUGCACGUUUUAACCAUUCCUCGACUACAAUAGUAAAUGGAGUAAUAUCAAAUACUUGUGUUGUUGAUGCUGGUCGACGUCGAGCUGUACAGUGCCUUGAGUCAAGUCCGUCUGGAUCGCAAAUUAGUCGUCGAUAUACUACAGAGAAUUCAGUGAACCUUUACUCUAAUUCUAAACCUUCAGUUAAUGGUUGUGUUCCUAAGCAAUCUAGUAGUGGGAAACCAGUACGUGAACGAGGUGCUAAGGAAGAUCCAGUAACAAGAUUAGAGAGUAACGUUAGACGUCUCCGUUCCGAAUUACAGUCCAUGCGUGGACUGGAAACUCAAUUGCGUAACCAACUAAACAGUCUUCAACAUGACGAUCAUCUCAAUCGACUCAGUCUGUCCAACCAACGUCAAGAAAACGAGGGUAUUUCAUCACGUAUUUCAAAGCUAACUAAUAAAUGCCGUACUGAACGAGUUAAUUUAAACACAAUUGAGCAAAAUUUAGGUGAAGAAGUUCGUUUGCGUCAGUUGGUCGAAGCUCAACUCACUGAAAUUGGUAUAAUUCCUGUGCGUAGUUUUGUGGGAUCAAAUGAUGCUAAUAGUGUACCUAGCAAUUCAACUGAAAAGUGUAUUCCAACAUCAAUGUCCCUUAUUCAAGCGUCUUCUAAUAAUGACUCAUCGUCGAAUUCUAAUGUCGUAAUACUUCAACCAAGCGAAAGUGAAAAAAUAAUGGAUAAUUAUUGCUGUAGACUACGUCAACUACUAGAGUCAAAGAUUUAUGCACUUAGAUUAACUGUGAAAUAUCGUGAAAACUUAACACUAGCUUCCAAAAUGCACCAUUCAGGUCAGCUGGUUUCCAAGUGUCUAACCAAUGCAAACUUAAAGGUUGUAGACACUUCAAAUUAUAAUAGCAGUGUUCAUCAAUACGAUUCACAAUCGUUGCCCUGUAGACUUCAAUCCGGACAUUUUAUAACCAAAGAUGUUUAUUGUUGCAUUUUGAACUCAGAUGUAGAAAAUUUGCAUAAUGUUGCUAUGAUUAAUCAACAUACGUCAACAAAUAACCAUAGGCAUGCAUUUUUAGAAAAUUGUUUCAAUUUAGCUAAUGAGAAACGAGAACGUUUGGCAAAUAAAUUACGUACAGAGAAUUGGCAAAAACAAGAAUUACUCACAUUAUAUCACACAUCUGUACGGGAAAUAACUGAACUCAAUAAAACCCUUAAACAACGUGAUUUACAAAUCUUAGAACUUACGAUGAAAAUAGAACAACUUGAAUGUUUACCGAAAAGUACUAGUCGCUGUGAUCCUGUCAGUCAUGCCGGGUAUAUUGCAACAACAGCAGCAUUGACAGAGCCAUCAAGUGAUUCGGUUGAUGAUCCUACAAAAUUUUGUUUAGGUGAAAAACAGUUUGCAUCUAAUAAACAACAGGAUAUGUCAUCUCUGUUGCCAACAUGCAAUAUAGAUCAAUUGUUUACUAAUACCUCGACAAAUACACGCGGUAACAUACUUAUCCACUCUGCUUCAGUAAAUCAUGAUAAUAGUGGUAGUAAUAAUACUUUUAUACAGACUUCUAGAUUUUGUACACCAGCCAUCUCAUCCAUAACUUCAUUCACAGACUUUGCAAGUUACCCUGAAAUUUAUGUUCAUGCAACUUAUAAUUAUAAAGACAAACAGAAUCUAAUCUUCACAAAACCUGUUACUACUACUUUCCACACCAACUUAUCUUCAUCUUGUUUUUUAACUCCUCGAAUAUGUUCCUCCUCCUCGUCAUCAUCGUCAUCUUCAAAUAUGAGCUGUGCGGUGCAUGCAGACGUACAGACACUUAAUAA